AUGUUAGUGUCCUGAUUCCUGUGCCAUCGAUUAUCGAGUUGUUGAAAAUAUAAAUUGUUAAAAAUUGAAAACGUUUCUUAAUACUUUCUCACAACCGUGAAUCGGCUCUAAAAAAUUCUCGUGUUUACGAAGCAUUAGCUGAUAAUAAUAUUUUAAGUUGUAGCCUGGUCACGAUCUUGUUUGGUUACCAUAUGUUAAUUGACUGGUGUUCGUUAUCUCCGUGAACUAUGCAAAUCAAAGAUCCAGAACGUUUCAAAACCUGGCUGACGACUUUGCUUGGACCUAUAUGUGAAGCAGAACCAGCAGCAUUAGCCAAAUACAUAUUCGCUCUGCUAAAACGCGACCGCCCUAAGGAUGAAUUACAAAAAUUCCUUCUUUCACAGUUGGAAGAAUUUCUAGGUGAUGAAACAGAGAAUUUUACAACACUGCUUGUUGAAACUUUGCAAAAUGAAUCCUACUUAAAUGAUCCAAUUGAAAUCAAAACUGAACCGGCAGUUACCUCAUCUGGAGAAAAAUCUGAUGUUGGAGAAAAAACAGAUGAAAAAGUAAAAGAAGAAGAGAGAGUGAGGUCCAGGUCUCGUUCACUUGUACGUUCAAGAUCACCAAGGAGCAAAGAUAUUAAGUAUAUUAGACCUAAACGAUAUCGACGUGAUGAUCAUUCCAGUGAAGAAGACGAAGAGAGAGAAUCAUAUCGUAAAUAUCGUUAUCACGGACGAUCAUGGUCACCCAGGCGUUCAAAGUCCCCAAAAUUUAAACGUAGGUUUAGGUCGCCAAAAAACCGAUCAAGAUCUCGAUCUGAAUCCCUUGAUCGGUUGAAAAAACCCAAAGAAGAUAUUUUUGCAGAAUUCAAAAAAUCUGAAGUAGCUGAAAAAAAAACCUUAGGUAGAUGUGUUGAUUUUGACGAAAAAGGAUAUUGUAUGAAAGGGGACUUGUGUGUUUAUGACCAUGGCAAAGAUCCUGUAGUAUUAGCCAAUGGUGUAUUAAGUUUUCAAAAUGCUGGAACGUCUUUCAAUAACCCAAUAAAUCCUUCUUUCCCUGUAGUUCCAAUGGUUCCAAAUGUUGUACAAGUACCGCCAUAUCCAGCAACACAAAAUCAACGUAUGUACUAUCCAUCAACUGAAGGAUCAUAUUGGGUUCGAGGUAGUGGUGGUGAACAAAAGUUCUCUAAACAAAAACGAGAAUUAGUCAGUGUGCCUACGGCUGAAAAUCCAAAUCGUUUUAAAAGAAAAAAUAAUUUUAAAAAAGAAGAAAACAUAGUUAAUAACAACAAAAAACCAAAAUUCGACUACAGGCGUCUUGGUCCCAAAGUGUCAUCUAAUGAAGUACAAUUGAAAAAUGUUCCAGAAAAUCUAAAUAAUAUUACUAGUUUAAAUAAUAGUUUUAUGAAGUUUGGAAAAAUUACCAACAUACAAACAAGCAGUGAAAAUAAAGAAGCUACUAUUACAUUUUCUACAGUUCAAGAAGCCCAGAAAGCUUAUCAAAACUUGGAGACCGUUUUUGGUACUCUUCCAAUUACAGCUAAUUGGUUUGCUGAUAACACAGAAAUAAAGCCAGAUGAAGUAAAAAAUACCACUCCUCAAAAGGCAAAAACCCUAUCAUUAGACAACAGAGUUAUUGGGCCUACGAGAUUGAACUUAAAUAAUGAAACUGAAGCUCAGGUCAUAAAAACGUCAUUGAUUAAGAAGCAAGAAGAGGCGAAAAAAUUGGCUCAAGAUUUUUCCGCUACUAUAACGAAACGUAAACAAGAACUAUUAGAUAAACAGUUGGAACAGCUCAAUAAACUUAUAGAAACUGCCCCUAGUGUUAAGGGAGAACAAAAACAGAUGCUUAUGGCGACUAUUAUUCAAUUAAAAACUAACAUAGAAAAUAUCCAAGCGGAUUUGGCUUCUACAGUAAGAAAGUCUACAGAACCUAUUAAAAAAGAUCUUAAUUCCAUCCAAAAGUUAUCUCCAAAAAUACCAUCAAAAGAAGACAAGUUAUUAGAAGCUAAACAGGAAGCUUUGAAAAAUCUACUGCUAACCGACCUUGAUUUAUUUAUUAAACAGCAGCAAGGUAAUAGCGAUGAAAAAGAGAUUCUGGAUUUGAAGAAAAAUGUCAUUGCUUUAAAAAAUAAACUAAAAGCUUUAGGGAUUACACCUACAUCAGGAAGUGCCAAAACUGCUCAUCAAAUGAAAGAGAAAUUAUCAAUUGCUAACAAAUUAUUAGAAGCCAAAAACAAAGUACGAGAGACUAAAUCGGCUACCAGUAUAUCAGUAGAUCACCGACCGACUCAACUUCUAGUGUCUGGAUUCGAAGCUGAUGAUGAGGAUCAGGUUGUAAAUCAUUUCUUACAAUUUGGUAACAUCGUUGAGUAUAUAUCAGACACAAUCAUUCCGGCCCUGGUUAUCAAAUAUGAAACUAGAAAAGAUGCUGAAACUGCACAAAUCAAAGGAAAAGUAUUCCAAGACAGACGUUUGUCAGUGACUUGGUAUAACUCACAGCAUGAUUUUGUUGACACUUCUAAUAUUAAAGCUGGACCAUGCAUGGGUGCGCGAGCAAGUGAUGAUUCUUCUGUUAAACAUCUUGAAGACAAAUAUUAAGAAGUAAAUUUUCUUUAGUUUUGUUAACAAUUAUUUUUUAUGUUUGAUAAUUUACUAGUGGGUAUAUAUUAUAAUAAUUAUUCACUAAAUUAACUCAAAUUGUGAAAACUUGCGCAUUUAUGUAUUAUAACUACAUAUUUUUCUAGGUUGCAAAUAAUAGUUGAUCUUUACAAAAUAUUAUUAUUAUUGUAUUUUUUGAAAACAUGAUGUACUUAUAUAUUUUAAAAUGUUAAUAUUGUUUUUCUCUAAUAUAUAUU